AUGGCACUUCGCUUUCAGGAGCAAUACGGUGGCACCGAUGAGACCAUUGGGUUCUGGCGCUUCAUCGUGUCUGCCGCUCUCACACUCGUUUUUGGUAUCGUGACAGCUGGCGGAGUAUCGAAGCUAUUCUCCACCCUUGCUUCAUCAGCUUGCGGUCUGGCGGUUGCCUCUGCGCUAGGCAUCUGCACCCAGUCUGGCUUCUACUACUCGCUAAUGCUUCUCGACCCAGCCAAGGCAUUCCUCUUCAUCUCGCUCUCCCCUGUCUGGGCUGCCAUUCAGGGCAAGCUGCUCUUGGACGACGACCUACCCCAACGAACCGUCGUGACCAUGAUUGUCGCCCUGAUUUCCGUCCUCGUCGCGAUGGUACCGGACCUCUUGAGGCUUUUCGAGCAUGGCUGGGAGGCUGCAGACGGCUCGGAGCGAGUACUGUUGCUGAUCCCCUUCAUGACGGGAUUUGCGAUGGCCACGCUCACAUCAUGGGCGCGCUACUGCGGGACAAGAUGGCCCGAGACCGACCUAACCACAACCGGAUUCUUCGCAUCCCUCGGCAGCUGCGCCCUCUUCUACGCUUCCCUUCACCGCCGCGAUGGGCCCGAAAUCGACUUGACAGGCGGGCUUCAGCUUGGCUUUUGGGGAUGGCUCAUCCUCAGCAAGGCUGGGACCACCGCGUUCGAUGUCUCUAUGUUUCACGCCGCACGACACCUCAAGGGGGCUGAGGUUGAGCUGAUUAUGCUCGGCGAGGCAGCCUUUUCGCCGCUGUGGGUCUUCUUGGCGUUCGGGGAGACGCCUACAGCUUGGACGCUUGCCGCCCUGGGGCUGUUGUUACUAGCUCUCGCUGGUCACGAGGUUGCGGGAAUGCACGCUCAACAGGCAUGA